CAAUUCUGCACAGUGCCCGGGUUGCCGGCCUUUUGUGUGCCAGCGUAGGGUUGGAUACAGGCUGUUUUGGCUCGAGCAGAGCAAUAUGCCAAAGAUAUGGGGGACUACUUCUUGGAUGUUGUGCUGCAAAAGAGCGAGUCCGGGCUCUUCAAGGAGCUUUACAGGCUCUAUCCCUUAGCAGAAGUGGAGGACUACUUCAAGAUGGGACGUUGGCAAAACGACCUCAUGAAGAUGGACAUCCAGGCGUUCAUGGCUCAUUUGGAGGAGGCGGGCGCACCAGAGCCUCCCCCUUUGGAGGAGGUCAAGUUUCCCCCGUUACCGCCGGACACUGUGGCCCUACCCACUGCGCCCACCGUGCAGCCCAGGGCCACCACCGCGCCCGCGAAAACCGCCGCCGCGCCCGCGCCCGCGGCGACGGCGGCGACGUCGGUUCCGCCGGUGAACCUGCCAGUACUGCCGCCCGCAGAGUUGCAACAGCUGCUGCAGUUUGUGAACGAGCAGAAGCUGAACCUGACCAAGGCGAAGAUGCUUUUGGCUCCGCUUCCAGCGAGCUUGCGUCAGGUGGUGAUGAAGGACUUCGUGCCAGGAGAGGGCGACCCCUACCAGCAUUUGGAGCGCUGCAUCCAGGAGAAGCGAGGCUCGGAAGCGAAUGGCGAGGCGACGCCAAAGCUUCCUGUCCCGCCGGUGGCUACACCUCAGAAGGUCGGCCCUCUGGCGCCGGCCGUGAAGCUGCCAGUGGGAGUCUCGCCCAAGGUUGUGCCCGUGCCGCCCAAAGGGGCAACUGUGCCGGUGCCCAAAGGCGUGACUGUGCCGGUGCCGCAGGGGCCCCACACUGUGCCCGUGCCAGCCAAAGGGGUGCCAGCUAGGCCCCAGGUCGCACCUCAUCGGCCACAGAUGGUGCCCGCGCCGAAGCCCUGCACAGUCACGCCCAAGAGCAUGCCGCAAGUCCUGGGAGGUCCCAAGCGCCCCGCGUGGCAGGCGCCCUGGCCGAGCCAGCCGGAAGCGAAGCGACCACGCCUGAGGCCUCCGGUACCUGUGAUGCCCGGGCCCGUCUGGUGGUGAUGCCUGGGAUAGAGUCGGAA